AUGCUCUUUAAUGACGUCACACAUCACCAACAAUAUGACGUCAUAGAUCUCAUUUGUUUAUUCAAUAUGGAGGAUGUUGUCACGAACAAACGCUGUCGAGAGAAAAACAUAGAAGAUAGAGAUGCUCAGUUUCUCAUGGUUGACUAUGGUGAGCAACUGGCACAAGAAUUGGAGGAAGCUAGAAACGAACUGUAUAAACAGGUAACGUCGGUAGGAACGAAAGUGCAGUUGUUGUGGGAAGUUGUGCGUACGUUGGUUGUUUUCACCAUUCCAAUCAUAACAGGUAUAGGCAUAACGGUUCUUAGUCAAUCUUAUCUUCCACGGACAUUAGCGGUAGUUGUGUCUACAAUUUGCAAUGGUAUUACGAUCGGGCUGGUGUUUUUAAAUAUCACUCCACUGAAUGCGGCAAUCAAUAAUUACGUUGGAAGCAGAAUAUACACGCCAAGCUUUGUGAACUGCUCGUGCAAGGCAUGCCAUGACAGAAAUAACUGUAGCCAUGAUCAACAAGAAAACCAGCAUGAUAAUAAAGACAGUGCUGUUGAACACAAACUAAAUGAUGGUGAAUCUGGUGCUACUAAUGACAUCCAAGAUGUUUCAGAACAGUCAAGAGAUGCUGUAAACAAUGUUUCAACAAGUGAUACCGUGGGAACUACUGCUGGAGACAAUGAUGAAACAUUCAGUAAAAGAAACUUUGAUACAGAAAGUAAUUCCACGUAAAACAACUGACCUUAAGCCCCACCAGAUUGCUUUGGACAACAAUGAAACAAAGAGUUGAGAGAAAAUGUUGGAAAUGUGAUGUUUUUCACACAUACAAAAAAAACAUGAAAUAUCUCAAAUGUAAACGAAUCUAAGCAUUGAAAUUUCGUUUUUUUUAGUCCAUUUAAAAAUUCAACACAAAAAUGUGUAACUUUUUCAAAGCUACAAAAAUGAUCUACUGCCAAGAAUAUUUCAAAACUUAAAGGCAGUGUUCAUAACCAAAUUGUUCACUAUCGCAAUACAUUUACAGACUAAUAUUCGGACAGCAGUUCAAAUGAAAAAUUAAUUACAAACUGAAAUGAAAAUACAGACCAGUCAUCGUGAAUCAAAACUAAUAUUCAUGAUGAAGAUUUAUUAAUGUUAAGGGUAGAUCUACUAAAGAAGACAAAUAAAUGUAUUACCAUU